GGCCGUGGCCACCCCUGGCCACCCCUUGGGGGCACCACUGCCAAAGCUUGACUGCAGCACACCGUCCAGCUCCGCUCUAGACAGAGUCCCAUUGUACAACGCGAGCAAAGUCCAACAUGACACAGAGCACAGCUUUCAGGAAGUAAAGGUUAAAAAAAACUACCUCAAGAACACUGAAGAUAUUCCUGUGUUGUGUACUCAUUACUGCCCUAACACAUGGUAGUGAGUAUGUAAGAGAUGGGGUUGAGCUCUGUGUUGGUCUGCCUGGUGCUCGUCGGCGUGGCCCCAGUGUCCGUCGCAUCACAGCCUGGCUUUAUAGAGAACCUGAUAUUGGCCACCCACCAGCGUCCGUGGCUCUGGAGUAUCUACGUUUUCACCGUUGGACUUCCCAUCAUCCUCUUCAUCAGCUUCAUGUGGCCUGACUUGAGGUUCGGACCACCAGAUGAACAAUACUACUAUAAGAAAUCUGAUGACGUUCAGCCAGAUGACCCAGAGAUUCCACAGGAGGCACAAACAGCAGACAACAAUGGGAGGACCGGCAGACCGGUGACUCGCAGAAGAGACACCCAGACCAGCCUUAAGAAAUCUGAGUUGGCGUUUAAGGGUUGAUGAUCGGCACGAACCAUAAGGAAGAGAAACCUGGCGUGGCCAGGACAUCCUGGACGACAGCUGAUAUGAAAAUGUCCUUUCACUUCCCAGUGAUGUGCUGUGCUGCAGCACACAACGCUGUGGCGACCAAGUGAAGUGCUCCCCCUUUUAGUGACACAUUCUCCUUUGUUGCAUCUGAACUGUCAAACUGCUGUGCAUUAAAAUCCCAAAUAAAGCUGUGAGCUAAAAU